CGUUGUUGAACGUCGUAAUUAGGCGCAGCACCGUGAAACGACGCCAGCAAGAUUAGGGCAGUUCGCAGUACAUCGGUCCUUUUCAUAUAAAGCGGCCUCGAUUUCUCCAGGAGCCCUAAAUUUCAAUUCAUUUCCCAAUUAGAUCCUUGCGUGAAUAAUUUGGCCGUCGAUUGGAAUUCAUGGGUAUCUCAAAAAAUCGGGAUGAACCUGCGGCACCGACCCUCUCCGAAUCGGAAUCCGGCGAGGAAGAAGAAGAGGAAGCUUCCUCGGACGAAGCUGGGUCCGACGAAUCCGAAUCCGAGCCCGAACAGACUCAAACCGCCAAAAACCCCGCACCAUCGGCGCCGGUAAAAGCCCAGCCUCUGUCGUCCUCGAAGCCCCAGGGGCAGCAGGUGAAGCAGCCGUCCUCUUCCUCCGACGAGGAGGACUCCGGAUCGGAUACGGAGUCAGAUUCCGAUGGGCAGGAACAGAAAGUCAAGCCUGUGGCAUCCAAGCCCGUGGAUGAUGGGCCUGCAACCGAUUCAGGCGCUAGAAAGUCGAGAUCUAAAUUCGUGGCUCCGGUAAAGUCCGCUGCCGCUCCGGAAGAGAAGCAAGCGGAGGAGAAGGAUACGAAGAAGUCUAAGAAGCAGCCUGAGAUCGAGAGCUCCGAGAAGAAGCCUAACGACGACCCAAAGAAAUUGCUUUUCCAGAGGCUUUGGAGCGAGGGCGAUGAAAUCGAGAUUCUGAAAGGAAUGAUAGACUAUGCAGCCAAGAAGAAGUCCGAUCCUGUUGCUGAUUUGAGUGCAUUCCAUGAUUAUAUCAGGAAGAAUUUACAUGUAGAUGUGACCAGGGCUCAAUUGCAGGACAAAAUCAGGAGGUUGAGGAAGAAGUAUGUCAACAAUAAGAGCAAAGAGAAGGAGGGAAAAAAUCGAACAUUAUCAAAGCCGCACGAGUACAAGGCGUAUGAAUUGUCCCAGAAGAUUUGGGGGAACAAUGGCGGGGCUGAAACUGAGGGUGAAAAAUCAAUUGAACCUUCAAAAGCAAAUGGCGGUUCAGUGAGGAAGACUCCACUUAAAAGAGCAAUCUUUAAUGAGAAUGAUGAGGCUAAAGAUGCAAAGAGUGCAAAGGUUUCAAGCGGCGAAAGGGGAAAUUUCUUAGCAGUUCCAACGCUCACUUCCAUGGGCACGAGCGUGGAGGAUAGGGUUAUGAGGAUGGGAGCAGAGUUAUUCGAAACAGGGAAAGGGCACGAUGGGGAAAAGGAGUGGAUGAGGCUGAAAGUUGAGGAGGCAGAAGUGUACAUGAAGCAGUUGGAGCUGAGGCAUGCACUGACUAAGCUUGUUGUGGAUGCUUUGAAGUCUGAUUAAGCCUUUCGACUGGUUAAUUCUCGUUGCUUUACCAUGUUAUAAUGUUAUGUUAGGGGACCUUAAAUUGUGCCUUUUGGAUGACUAUGUUUUCAUUUUCUUAAUCAGCUAGUCUUUACUUUUGUUUAGUUUGAAUCGCUUUAUUUCAUGUUAUAUGUGAUGGUAUGUCAAGCUAUGUAGCUAUUCAUGAUGGCAGUUUUUAUAAUCCUAGCAUUGUGUCUUCUUGUUGA